UUCCUAAUUCUUCUCCCAACUUUGUUCUUCCGAUAUCCAACAGUCAACCAAUAUUUUUAGAGAACAUCGUCUAACAAUAUCAAGUUUGCCAUACGACCAUAUCGUCUGUCCUCAAAGGUAUCAUCAAGUUAACUGAGACAUACAAGACAUCUUAUCAAAUAUCGCUGUAUGCUCACUUGAUUUCGAACGCACGAUAUUUCUUCAAAUAUCCUAUCACGCUCUUUCUUUCAUCCUCAUCUACUUGAGCUUCAUAAAAAUAGCAUCACAACACCCGUCAAAUAUCACCAAGCGCCUCGUCAAUCCAGCCACAAUGUGCUUCACUGAAUUCCUCGGCUACACCUGUGGCCAUACCUCUAUCCCCGUGAAGCGACCCUGCCCCAUGACGACACAGUCGCACGUCAACCCCAUCUGUCCCCUGCCCGCUUGUCGCCCGCUCUUAGCCUUCACGAUGUGUCCAUCUUGCGCACGAAUCGUACACGGUCGCUGGGUGAAUAUUAUUGUGCAUGAACAUGAGUUCAUGCACGCUCGCGGGGCGUGCCACUGCCCACUUCGCUUCCCGCACCUGCAGCAGCCUCGCGUCGUUUCGCAAUAUGAGGACGCCGAGGACAUGAAGGACAUCAGCCAAGAGGCCUUCGCAGCGCGCUUCCGCGCCCGUGAAAGGAGCGCAACGAUGACGAGCCAGACAUCCGCCGCCACGGACGGGCAAUCCAGCGGAUCGGAUUCCUCCUCCCCCACCGUCAUCCUAGCACCCAUCGUGAAGCAAGAGCCACCCUCGUCACCUCGCGAAUCUUUCCACUUCUCUCCCUCAGCGGCGGAGUUCACUCCAUCUACCACGGCCGCCGUGAGUCCUCACAUACCCCAUGGCCCCCUGCCUUCCAUCAACGAGAUCUUUGGCAUGCCCGCCGACUUCGACUUCGGCAUGGCCGGUCUCGAUCUGGGCGCCAAUGCUAGCUUCGGCCGUUCUAGCGCCGGUCCUAGCGAAUUUGAGCCGCACGGCCGUCCCGCUGGUAACAUGGGUAAGAACAAGGGAAAAGGAGAGAGCAAGGGAAAGGGCAUGGAAAGCAAGGGUAAAGACAAGGAAGUCGCAGUGAAGAAGGAAGAGCCCGGUGAUCUUAGUUACCACCCGCAUCACUUUAACAAUGACUGUUUCCACCCGCAGCAGUACGUGCGGGGUGAGUCGGUUGCCUCAUCUGCCACACUGGCAUCAUCGGCAACAGCAACAUCCGGGGGCUCACACUUUCCCCCCAUGUACGAGACUAGGGAGGGGCCCGACAGCAAGAUCGCAGUCACGACCCGCAUGAUGAGCCAAUACGGAGCGGAGUGGAUCGCCGAGCACAGCGAGCGCCACCAGAACGGCCAGUGCAACUGCCGCUGCUCGUUCGACAAGUACCCGGCGCAGUACGCGCACAUGUUAGAUGAACUGAUGCCCGAGGACAUAGCCAACGAGAUGAUGAACAACGACUUCUCUGACUUCUCUUUCUCUUAUGAGUACGCACCCAAACAAGAGGAGCAUGAGGACACUUCUUUUGGUAUCCACAAGUCCCAGAGCAAUGACGACUUGCAAUAUGGCACUCCGGGCUUCCACAGCGAUGGAUAUGUUCCCGCUCCUACCAACACGCCGGCUGAGGCAUCGACCCAGCAACCUUACCAGUACUCUGGUAACUUCGACGAGGAGCUAUCGCAAGCUAUGCGACACCAUUUCCCAUCCGUCUCCUCUGUGCCAACCCCGUCCAUGCAUGGUCCGACACCCGUUCUGCCCAUGCCAGCACCCACGCAGAGCCCAUACGACGCAGACGCAUGGAAGUUUCACAUUCCUCCCGACCAUACCACGCCCUCCUUCCCUCGCGGACAUCAGCCUAGCUCGUUCGGUGAGCCCGCACGUUGGGCCUGCGCUCCCCCCAACCUUAGCCAUACGAACGAUGGUAGCACCCAUGGCGACACGAUGCCAAUUCCACGCCCAGUCGACAUGCAAGUGAUUGCGUACAACGUGAACGACGUACCCAUCGUGGGUCUCCCUAUCGGCGCCGGCCCCGAGGGCGACAGCCACAUGCCUCCUUUCGAGGACUGCGAGCUGUAUUACCCGAAGAUCCAUGAUCAUCGGCCUGCCACCUUUUAAGGCGGUCCACCAAGAAUAUUCACGCCAUAUACAUGGCAUUAUUAGGGGCGAGAUACGGUGUGCACACAAUUAGCUUAUCCUAAAAAGGAGAGAAACCUAGAAAAAAAAAGGAUUCGGUACCAACAACUCGCUGAGACGCAAUCUUUUUGGUAGUGAAAUAUGAUGGAAGCAUAAUGAGCAAAUGUGAUCGUGAACAAAACACAAAGGACGGGAAAAAGACUUAAUAAGAUCUCACGGCAUU